AUUGUUACAACAGCAAAGAUCCAAGGGACAGGAUGUGAAUGAAGCUCAAAUAUACAUUAAUCAAGAUAUACCUCAACCAGCCUUAUAAUUACAUUGAAACAAAAGUUAGGCGAUUUGCUGAAACUGGGAGAGUCGCAGCAAUUAAAAUACCAAAAUGCUUGGUGAGCUGUCAGAUGCAAUUACUCGCAGGUGGCUGAUAGAUGCAAUUAAAAAGAAGGGGGAUUUAAAUCGUGGAGCGCGCAUUCAACAACCGCCUUUUACACGAGAUGUCAAAAAAGUUGAGAUAUGCAGUGGUGGAAUUCACUGAGGAAGAAGAAGUGGAGGUGGUGCCUGUGAAGUGGCUAGCAACUGAUGAAAAGACUUGCUACUGGCCAAAUAUGCGAUCCACUGCAAAAAUUUCCGGCUUGAUAAAGGCUGAGGUAGAACCCAAGGAAAAUUUUAAACAGCUUCCAGUCAGAGUCCUGGCCAAAGCAGCUGACUAUGAAGAUGCUAGAAAGAAAUUGUCCAAAGCCAUUUAUACAUCAGAUCUUCAGACGGAUACAGAGGAAACAACUCCUAAAAGAGCUAAAAGGCCAAACCCACGCUUCAUCUCCUCAGAUUCGGAGGAAGAUGACACAGAACCUGAAAAUAUAGUGCACAGGAGACAGUCACCAAGGAAGCAAAAAAGAAUAGUCCCAGAUUUGCCUCCAUUACCAUCACUUCCAUCAACACCACAAGCACCAAGACCUUCUGCAACUGUUAAUACAUGUGUAUCAAAGGAGACUUCGGCCCUUCUUGACAGAAGUCCCAUGAAUGGCCAAGCAACAGAGAAAAAACUUUUCAAUUGUUUGGACAAGUUACUUACAACUGUAGAAGAAUUAAAAGUUCAAGCUCACAUUAAUACGAAAUUGCUUCAAAGCUUGAUGGGUAAAAUUGAUGGAAUUAAUGGUCCUACUAGUCAAGACGCAGAGAGCUCAGACCCAUUAGCAGUAGAUUUCCCACUCAAGUCUAAGGAGGAGCUUGAAAAGCUAGAGGAUCUGCUGCUGAGUAGUGAAAACACGAAAAACUUUGUGAGGUCUCUUUCCACAAUUGGAGGAGAUAACGUAAAGACAAAUGUUCGAAGACUUCUUGCACACCUCUUCUCUACAGACCUUGCAAAGACAAUUAAUUGGAUUGGCAAGGGGGGAAAAACUGCAUUUUCCACCUUGAAAGUAAAGGACAUUUUGACAGCCACAGUUCGGAAAAACAGAUUGUGUCCAUCAGCAACAGACGCAGAAAUUUUUGAUGUGGCAAAAACCUGGUUUAGAUUUGCAAGUGACAGAGAUGGGGGACGAAAGAAAAGGGAGGAAAAAAAGAAAGAAAAGGCCGUUACUGAUGACCAAUGUGGGACAGAUGAAGAACCAACCCAGACUGCAACGAUUUAAAACGUAUUUUGUUGAAACAUUGUGUGUUUUGAAAGACUA